CAGGCAUGAGCCACCAUGCCCGGCCAGAAACACAACGGUUUCUACUGGUUUUUUUGCUUGUUUGUGUAAAGAGCAACUUUGAGAGGGAUAUAUGCAGUCUGGAAAGGAGAACAAAUUGCCUUCCUAGACUCACCCAAGACUGGCCCCCACUAGAAAAUGCACUCUCCUCCCCAAAACCCGCCCCCUCACAGGAGGCAGGGUUUUUCUUUUGGGCAAACCUGCUCCUGGGGAGAGGAGUGGCAAAACCUGUUUGAAGAUGAGGUUACCUCCCUUCCACACCUCCCACCUUGGAAGCAAGAACUACAACAGCUGAGACAGAAAAGAGGUAAAGAAGUGUUGGGGGCUGGGACAACCAGCUCCCCAACAACUCCUAGGUGUUUAAAGAAGAAGGCAGGAAGACUUGUGAAGAUGGGAACUAUACAAGAGGCAGGAAAAAAGACAGAUGUUGGGGUCAGGGAGAUUGCAGAAGCACCAGAACUAGGAGCAGCCCUGAGACAUGGGGAAUUGGAACUGAAGGAGGAAUGGCAGGAUGAAGAAUUCCCUAGAUUGCUUCCUGAGGAGGUUGGCCUUUCUGAAGAUCCUGAAGACCCUAAAGGAGAUUCACAGGCAGGUACCCCCAGCACUUUAGCCCUGUGUGGCCAGCGCCCCAUGCGCAAGCGUCUCUCUGCCCCAGAGUUGCAGCUGAGUCUGACUAAGGGGCCUGGAAAUGAUGGAGCUUCACCCACCCAGUCUGCACCUUCCUCUCCUGAUGGCAGUUCUGACCUGGAGGUAGAUGAAUUGGAGACACCUUCAGACUCGGAGCAGCUGGACAGUGGACAUGAAUUUGAAUGGGAAGAUGAACUACCCCGGGCAGAGGGUCUGGACGCCAGUGAGGCAGCCGAAAGGCUGGGCCGAGGUUGUAUGUGGGAUGUGGCUGGAGAAGAAGGACAUCACUGGAGGGUGUUCCGAAUGGGACCACGGGAGCAGCGCGUAGACAUGACUGUCAUUGAUCCCUAUAAGAAAGUCCUGUCUCAUGGAGGUUACCACGGUGAUGGCCUCAAUGCUGUCAUCCUUUUUGCUUCCUGUUAUCUACCCAGAAGCAGCAUCCCCAACUACACCUAUGUCAUGGAACACUUGUUUAGGUAUAUGGUGGGAACUCUGGAGCUGCUAGUAGCUGAAAAUUACCUGCUUGUUCAUUUGAGUGGAGGCACAAGCAGGGCCCAAGUUCCACCUCUAAGCUGGAUACGCCAGUGUUACCGUACCCUGGAUCGGCGGCUACGGAAAAACCUGCGAGCCCUGGUGGUUGUCCAUGCUACAUGGUAUGUGAAAGCAUUUCUGGCACUGCUUCGGCCCUUCAUCAGUUCCAAAUUCACACGAAAAAUCCGUUUUCUGGACAGCCUGGGGGAGCUGGCCCAACUCAUAUCCCUGGAUCAAGUCCACAUCCCUGAAGCUGUCAGACAGCUGGACCGGGAUCUCCAUGGCUCAGGAGGGACCUAGCACAGGACUGGAUAAAGGGCCUUGGAACCAGUUAGCGAUCUGCCUACACCCGAAUCCCUGAAACAUCUGAACUGUUUUGUAAAUCGUCUUAUCCCCAACCUCAGUACCACCAGAUCUUCACUUCUCAGUGGGAUUUUGUCCUUUGCAUGACCCUGCCUUCAGCAGGGCUUUGAGGCUGGGAAGCUGAUCUGCUGGGUGAUUUUCAUUCCAGUUGUUGGGACGGAAGGCUGAAUGUAGGGUCAUUUUGUAUGGGAUAUGCAGAGCUCUGGGUUUUUUUGUUUUUUGUUUUUUGAGACGGAGUCUUGCUCUGUCGCCAGGCUGGAGUGCA